AUGGUUAAGGAAGGGAGAGUUGUUGGUCACAAAGUGUCACAAAAAGGGCUGGAGGUUGAUAAAGCAAUGAUUGAAGUGAUCGAGAAGUUACCAUCACCAAUUUCAUUGAAGGGUAUUCAUAGCUUCUUGGGGCAUGCCGGCUUUUACCUGAGGUUUAUCAAGGACUUUUCAAAAAUUGCACACCCUCUAUGCAAACACUUGGAGAAGGAGGUGAAGUUUAACUUUGAUGAUGCGUGCAUGGUGGCCUUUAAGUGCUUGAAAGAAAAAUUGAUCUCCACUCCGGUUAUCAUUAGUCCCGAUUGGUCUGAACCCUUUGAAGUUAUGUGUGAUGCAAGUGGCAUGACAUUAGGCAUCGUGUUGGGGCAGAAACACAACAAACUAUUUCACCGUACUUACUACGCAAGUAAAACUCUAAACGGUGCUCAAAGUAACUACACAGUGACAGAACAACAAUUACUUGCAGUAGUAUAUGCGUUUGAGAAAUUUCGGGCCUACUUGCUAGGCAUUAGAGUGGUUGUUCACACUGACCAUGCUGCGCUACGUUAUUUAAUGGCAAAGAAGGAUGCUAAGACAAGAUUGAUAAGGAGAUGUGUUCCGGAAGAAGAAUUCUAUGAUAGUCUCCACGCUUGUCAUUCUUCAUCGGUUGGGGGUAAUCAUGUUGGAGUGCACACGGUUGCUAAGAUCCUCCAAAGUGGUUACUACUGGCCAUCCCUUUACAAGGACGCUCAGGAGUUUUCUAAGAAAUGUACGCAAUGUCAAAGACAAGGUGGAGCAUCCAGAAGACAUGAGCUUCCUCUGAAACCGAUUUUGGAAGUUGAGUUAUUUGAUGUUUGGGGAAUCGAUUUCAUGGGUCCAUUUGGAAACAAGUACAUCUUGGUGGUGGUAGACUAUGUUUCUAAGUGGGUGGAAACUGUAGCGUUGCCAAUCAACGAAGGGAGAAGUGUUGUUCAGUUCCUAAAACGCUACAUUUUCGCUAGGUUUGUCACUCCUCGAGCUAUCAUUAAUGAUGGUGGGUCCCACUUUUGCAAUAGGCUUUUUACAUCAGCAUUGAGCAAAUAUGAGGUGAAGCAUAAAGUAGCAACGCCAUAUCAUCCUCAGAUAAGUGGCCAAGUGGAAGUUUCAAAUAGAGAGAUCAAAAAUAUUUUGGGUAAGAUCGUAUUUGCAAAAAGGACUAAUUUGUCUCGAAAACUAGAAGAUGCUCUGUGGGUAUAUCACACUGCCUACAAGACACCAAUCGAUAUGUCUCCUUAUCAACUAGUCUUUGGGAAAUCUUUCCAUUUACCAAUUGAAUUGGAGUACAAAGCAUUAUGGGCAUUAAAGGCUCUGAAUCUGGACUGGGAAAGAACUUCAAAAGGAAGAGUAGAUCAACUCAAUGAGUUGGAUGAAUUCAGGGUAAAAUAG